AUAGCAGCAAAAAUGAAUUGUUCAAAAUACACACAAUAAUAAAGUACAAACGUACUAAAAAUAUUUUAACGAGAAAGGAACAUUAAAUAGGAACUAAAACCUGGUACUAGUUUCUACUCCGGAACCGUUUAAUGUGACACAGCAGAUGAGUGGUGAAGCAUGAAGCGGCUGUACAUCGGUGGCUUGAGCCACACAAUAUCUCAGAAAGAUCUCCGAGAUCGAUUCGGGAAGUUCGGUGAGGUGUCUGAUGUGGAAAUAAUAACACGGAAGGAUGAAAGCGGAUCUCCUCUGAAGACCUUUGGUUACGUGAAUAUAAAUAUUUCUGAUUCUGACUACAAAAGAUGCAUCACAGUGUUGAACAAAUCCAAAUGGAAAGGUGGAACAUUACAAAUCGAAUUGGCGAAGGAAAGCUUCUUACACAGACUUGCAGAGGAGCGUCAGCAAGCAGCUGAGAAGAUUCAGACACCGAAGAUUGAUGCAAAAGAAAAAAUUGAGUCCCUUAAGGCAGCUGGUGUAGAGGACUUCCACAUGAAAGCAGCUGUUCCAGGAACUGAGAUCCCAGGACAUAAGAAUUGGGUGGUGAGCAAAUUUGGAAGAGUCCUUCCUGUUGUUCAUCUGAAAUAUCAAGGCAAAAAGAAGGUCCUCAAGUAUGAUCCAUCGAAGCAUUGCCAUAAUAUCAAGAAACUUGAAACCGAGGACGGCUUCACUCCAGUGUCCAAACUGACGUGGCACAUAGACGGUGGAGAUGACGAGAUCAGCAAGAGAAGACGGGGAGAGUUCCCGCCACAGAAAAAGCGUCCCACGAAGACCAAAAAGAGUUUGGACCCAAGCACUAUUCCAUAUUCUACAACUGCUCGUGAGAGGGGGCCAACAGUGCAGAAUAGAGAUAGUGCCCCAUGUUUGCUGCAAAGUCGUAAGCCUCCCGUGUGUGUGUUAGACAGCGAUGCUGACUCGGAGGAUGAUCUCCGGAUGCUAGUCGCACAAGAACUUUCACGAAACCAUAAACCAGUCGCCACAGAGGAUGAAGGAAACCUCGAAGUAGUGGGUGAUGACUUUGCUGUGAAAUCCAACAUGUUCUGGGGUGGAGGGGAAUCUGGCAUCAUUGCACAACUUGGUUUAAGACCGCCAGAGAAUGAUGAGGAGUACGACUCGGCUGACACAGAUGAAAUAUUGACUCAGAACAAAAAUUCAGGCAAAGCUGAAGAUCUAACUGAGACCGGAACAGGCAGUAAUAAGUCGCCUGUAAAGUCCAAGAAGAUUGAUGGGAAGAAGCCUGCAAUCAAAAACAAUCAGACACCUACUGAAUCAGAGUCGGAUAAUGACGCCGAAUCAUCAAGUGAAAGCACUGAUUCUGAUUACGAAGCCAUGAUGGGAAACUGCCACAGGAUGGAGCUGUCACUAGCAGAUUUGGAGGAUCUUGUUAAAAAUAUGGAGGAUGAAGAAAGCGACGACGACGCAAAGGCAGGACCAAGCAAAAUGCCCAAACUAUCUCCUGUACAUGAAACUGGGCCUCAGAAAGUUCAGUCAAAAAAGACCGGCAUAACCCCUGAGGAUAUUUUAGCAUCUCUCUUCGGACCAGAUGAGGACAAAGAGAUGAAAAAGAAAAAAGACAAAAAGUCGUGUCUUCCUGCUUUUGUUGGGACGAAGGACCUUUUUGGUAGCAUUGCCAUACCCACUGGACUUAAGAGAGCAGCUGAAAACGUGAACUGUGAAUUUGGUGAGGAACCUAAAAGACUAAAACCAGGCUUGAAAACACUGGAAGAUGAAGAGUCAUCAAGUGCACAGGUACCUAUGCUAAACGAGAAAGACACCACAGUCUGCACGGAUUGUUCCAGUGAUGAAAUGGAAAUGACUCAAGAACCAAAGAAGCUCAUUUCUAAACCAAGUUCUUCCCUAAAAGUCAAUGACAAGAGACUUUCUGUGCCUAAACAUCCAACAUCUUUACCCGAGACUAAACACUCACCCAGGAGUUCAUCCAGUGAUGAAGAGGAGGAAGAACAAAUUGUCCCUUUAGAAUCCAAAACUUCAAACGCACAUGAAAGAUGUGCUUCUGAUAGCUCCGGGUCCACUGAAGAAUCAGAGAUGAGCAGCAGUGAAGAGGAGGACAAAAGUAAUAAACCAGAAGCAGCCUCAAAGCCUAGUUCUAAACAGAUUAAUGAAAACACUGCUUCAGGUCUAAAACCAUUAAAGCAGUCUGUUUUAGACCCAGUGAAGCAGCAGCAGGACAAUCAGAAGCGACUCGCUGCUUUGGAACAGAGGCAGAAAGAGUCCGAGCAACAGAAGAAGCUCAUACAGGGUGCUCUCUCGAAAGUGGAUUUGCCGAAUGCAAACAAAGGGAAACAUAUUGUAUUUGAUUCCGAUGAUGAAGUUAAUAAUGACAGUGAAGACACAACACCCCAAAAAGUGAGCCUUUUUGAUGAAGAUUCUGAUGAAGAUGAUGGACUAGGAUCUGAGGAAAAACAAGACCACAGAGAAAAGGAAUUGAAAAAGGCAGGGGGCAGCAAACUGUUCGACAGCAGUGAGGAUGACGAUGAUGGCACUGAGGAAGAUCGCUUCAAGAUCAAGCCUCAGUUUGAAGGCAGAGCUGGACAGAAGCUCAUGGAGUUGCAGUCCAGAUUUGGAACUGAUCCAAGAUUUCAGAUGGAUGCCAAGUUUCUUGAAAGUGAUGAUGAAGAACAGGAGCAAGAUAUGGAACCCCUGCAAACACCAGGAGAACAGGAGCUUGUUGAAGAGAAGAAGAAAAAUCUGUCCAUCCUGCAAAGUGUCCUUAAUGUCAGCAUUCAGCCAAGUGACGCAAGUAAAGGGGCGACAAAAGGCAAAAUCUUCAAGGACAUUUCAGCUCUGCACUACGAUCCCUCAAGUGAGACUCAUGCAGCUUUUGAAACCAAGACGGACACGCCAAAAAAAGAAAGCAAAGCAGAAAGGCGAAAGAAACGAGAAGAGGCCAAGAAGCUUCCAGAAGUUUCUAAGGACCUCUUCUAUGACGUGACUACAGAUCUAAAAGAGGCAUUUGGGACGGUGAAAGAAAUCCAAAAUGAAAAGAAGGAAGUUUCAUGGGACCAAGAUGAUGAUGAGAACAUGGAAGAAGCACCACAAGAAGCCUUGCCCGCGUUUUCAUUUUCAUCUAAUCAAGAAUCAGAGCCAUCAAGCGGAUUUAAAUUCUCUUUCUUUGGAGAUGACGCAGUAACAAAGACCCCUACAACAGAUGAAUACAAAGUUGAGACUAUAAAAGGGGCCAAAGUGGCUUGGCAAGUAGAUCCUCGAUUCCAGGACAGCAGUUCAGAGGAGGAGGAGGAGGAGGAUGUGGAGGAAGAGAAAGAAGAAAAGGAAGAGGCUGCCUUGGUCACUACAACUGAACAGCCGGCCCCGAAGAAAAAGUUCUUCUUCUUCUUUGAGGAUGACAUCCGGUUGAAGGAGGGACCUCGUAUGUUCUGCAGACGUGAGAAACUGGAGGAUCAGAGAGAAGCAUGGGAGGAGAAGAGGAAAGAACUCCGAGAGGAUUACCGCAAGAAGCACAAAGAUGCCAAAAGACGAUUCAAGAUGACAACAAAAACCUGAACCACAAGAACGCAUUGCCUGACGUUGCUUAAAUAAAGAGUUUUAUUAUCAAAGUUUUGUUACCACAGAAAGAAUGAAUAUUCAGUUUUCUUUCACUGCUGUAAUUUAAUACCUCAACAUUCUCAACAUAUUUGUGCCUGUGAAUUAAAAGCUGUGUAAAUAAAUUUGUUUUCACAA